CCUAAACGAAAAUAGCCAUGUGAAUAAUACUGUCAAAUUGACGUAUUUCGUGAUUUCUUGAGUAACCUAAAAGCUCUUAUUUUUAAUAAGGCAGUAGGUUUAAUUCUUCUUAGAAGUGUUGAUUGUAAAGUAAAUAUCAUGAAGAAACCAAAACAAGCAGCACGUGCCAGUUUUCCAAACACCCGCAAAGCUCUGCGCAAACAAAAGAGGCAGCAAAAGAAAGCUCACAAGCAGGAACAUUAUUUAAAGAAGAAAACUGUCCAAGAACAACCAAAAUAUACACCAGGGAGGUUCGUAAAGCGACCUGCUGAUUCACCAGAGCCUGAUGCAGAAGUUAAAAAGAAAAAGCAGAAAUCCCAACCUUUGCCAAUUGAUGUGGUUCAAAAAGAGCGUGAAAAAGAGAAAAGGGAAGCCGACCGUUUAAAAGCUGAGAUGGAGGAUCAGAGACGGAAGAUUUUCCUAGAAGCCAAUGAGGAAGAGGACAAGAUGAUAAAGAAACUAGAAAAACAGCUUGGGCUGAACAAGGUUAAAAACAAAAAGAAAUUCUUUGAGGAUGAUGGUCUUGAUUAUUUACUAGAAAUCUGUGAUAGACAAACAACAGAACAAAUCGUAGCCGCUGAGAAACACCUGGCCAAUGUCGAAGGUGAAUCAGACUUUGAAGAAGACCUAGCAGCAGUCACUGGGAAAGAAUUAAAGAAAAAUAAGGAUAAAAAAACUAAGGAGGCAAAAACUAAAGAUACAAAAUCUAAAAAUGAUAAAAACAGCGCUGAUGAUGAAUUUAGUGAUGAGAAUAGUGACUUUGACAGUGAUGACAAUGCAAAUGAAGAAGUUAUGAGUGAUGUUGAUGAAAAAAUCAGUGGAGAAGAUGAUGAAUUUGGUGAAAAUAGUGAUAAUGAUGAAGAUGGUGGCUUAAGUGAUAAUGAAGAUUCUGAUGAAGAACCUGAAGAAAAACCUACAAAAUUAUCAAAAUCUAAACAGAAAUCAAAAGAAAACCCAGCCCCAAAGCAAGAAAAUAAAAAGGGUAAAGAAAGGGUAGUUUCAGAAGAAGAAUUAUCCAAAAUGUUCAGUGAUGAUGAAGUGUCACAUCUGUCUGAAGAUGGUGAUUUAGAUGGGGGUGAUUUUGGGGAUGAAAAGGAAGAAAUUGAGGAGAAGGUGAAAGAGAAACCAGAUGUUUGGGAAGAUAUUUAUGGACGUAAGAGGGACAAGGAAGGAAAUGUUAUAAAGGAAGAUAAAGGUGCUUACAUUCCACCACAUUUGAGAAACAAGGAUGCUACAACUGAUCAGGCGACAGCGCAAUUAAAACGACAAAUAAAGAGCAUCCUUAAUAAGCUUGCACAUACGAACCUCCACUGGGCCUGCACGUCCAUCGAGAAUCUCUACUCCAGCAACAGCCGUCAUUCUGUCAGCGCGUCCCUCUGCGGUCUAUGGUUAGAAGCAGUUUGUGGGACCGUGAGUGCGCCUCUGCGACUCCAGGCCGAGCAUGCGGCUCUAGUUGGCGUGUUACAUGCCAAUGUGGGGCAGGAAAUUGGAGCCCAUUUCUUAGAAGAGUUGUGCACAAUAUUCAACCGUCUGACGCAGACUUCGCAGCCUAUGGAGGAUAAAACGUUGGACAAUAUUGUGUGCUGUCUCGCUUAUCUGUAUAGUUUCAAGAUUUUCCACGCAACUCUCCUAUACGACAUUCUCAAUCGGUUACUUUUGAAUCCAACUGAAAAAAGCAUAGACUGCGUUCUGUGCGCGUUCCGCUGUGCGGGUGCAUCGUUACGGAAAGACGAGCCAUUGGCUUUGAAGACUUUCAUACAGGAUGCUCAAAAGCAAGCGAGCGCGGUGCAAGGAGGCGACCAGGCUGGGUCUCGAAUAAAGUUCCUUCUAGAAGUCCUAAUGGCGGUGAAGAAUAACAAUCUGAACAAGAUACCCAACUAUGACCCGAGCUUCGUUGAACAGCUGAAGAAGACAGUCCGAGGCAUCAUUAGGAAAGGAAACUAUGCUACGCCACUCAAUAUCACACUUGAAGAUUUACUCAAAGCCGAAACUCGUGGCAAAUGGUGGGUCGUAGGCUCUGCAUGGGAAGGCAACCGCCCAAAGCCAGAAGAGAAGAUUAAAGCAGUUCCCAGCACGGACCAGAAACUUCUAGAACUAGCGAGGAAACAGAGGAUGAAUACAGAUGUUAGGAGGAGUAUCUUCUGUGUUAUAAUGUCUGCUGAGGACUACAUGGACGCGUUCGAAAAACUCCAACACCUAGGUCUAAAAGGCAGUCAAGAACGCGAAGUAGUGCACGUAUUACUAGCGUGCUGCACGCAGGAACGAACCUACAACCCCUACUACUCCGUGCUGGCCCAAAAACUAUGCGACGUUGAUAGGAAAUACCAGCUGUCCAUCCAGUUCGCCGUUUGGGAUAAAAUCAAGGAUUUGGAGAGCUUAUCGAAGCAGGCUACGACCAAUCUGGCGCAGUUUCUUAUACACCUCAUUAUGGAGAAGGGCUUGGCUUUAUCCGUUCUAAAGGUAAUAGAAUUCUCGGACCUAAACAAAAGCUCAGUCCGUUUCCUCCGUCAGAUACUCCUCGCCAUCAUCAUGAAUGCCGACGUACAAGCUUCCCUCCAAGUGUUCCACCGCAUUGCUAAAACACCCAAACUUCACAUGUUCAGAGAAAGUCUAAGGUUAUUUAUACAACACUUUUUGUUGAAAAAUGCGGGGAAGAAAAGCACAGUGUUAAAUGAGGAAGAGAUGAAGAUAUUGAAGGAGAGAACCGUGGAGGUUGAGAGGAUAUUGACUAUGUUUGAGUCGAAGUUGAAGUUUUAAAAUAAAUAUAAAAUAUGUUUAUGGA